CGACUUCAGAGCAGCUCCGGCCGCGGCUCUGGUAGCAGCGAGUUCGAGUCCCAUUCCCGCUCCCCUUUGGUUCUCUCUCCCUUGGCCUGUGGGGCCUUCGGACACCAGACCGUUCCGCUCGUUGCUCUUCGCGCUCUCUCCCUGCCGCCAGGAUGCCGGUGACCGAGAAGGACCUGGCGGAGGACGCGCCGUGGAAGAAGAUCCAGCAGAACACGUUCACGCGCUGGUGCAACGAGCACCUGAAGUGCGUGAACAAGCGCAUCGGGAACCUGCAGACCGACCUGAGCGACGGGCUGCGGCUCAUCGCGCUGCUCGAGGUGCUCAGCCAGAAGCGCAUGUACCGCAAGUACCACCAGCGGCCCACCUUCCGCCAGAUGCAGCUGGAGAACGUGUCCGUGGCGCUCGAGUUCCUGGACCACGAGAGCAUCAAGCUCGUGUCCAUCGAUAGCAAAGCCAUCGUGGAUGGGAACCUGAAGCUCAUCUUGGGCCUGGUGUGGACGCUGAUCCUCCACUACUCCAUCUCCAUGCCCGUGUGGGAGGAUGAAGGGGAUGAUGAUGCCAAGAAGCAGACGCCAAAGCAGAGGUUGCUGGGAUGGAUUCAGAACAAGAUCCCCUACUUGCCCAUUACCAACUUUAACCAGAACUGGCAAGAUGGCAAAGCCCUGGGAGCCCUGGUAGACAGCUGUGCUCCAGGCCUGUGUCCGGACUGGGAAUCCUGGGAUCCACGAAAGCCUGUGGAUAACGCACGAGAAGCCAUGCAGCAGGCGGACGACUGGCUGGGCGUCCCACAGGUCAUCACUCCUGAAGAAAUUAUUCAUCCUGAUGUGGACGAGCAUUCGGUGAUGACUUACCUCUCUCAGUUCCCCAAAGCCAAGCUCAAGCCAGGCGCUCCUCUUAAACCCAAACUCAACCCAAAGAAAGCCAGGGCGUAUGGCCGAGGGAUUGAGCCUACUGGAAACAUGGUCAAGCAGCCGGCCAAGUUCACUGUGGACACCAUCAGUGCCGGGCAGGGAGAUGUGAUGGUGUUUAUUGAAGACCCUGAAGGGAAUAAGGAAGAGGCACAGGUGACCCCUGACAGUGACAAGAACAAGACAUACUCUGUUGAGUACCUGCCCAAGGUUACCGGGCUCCACAAGGUCAUAGUGCUCUUUGCAGGACAGCACAUCUCCAAGAGCCCGUUUGAAGUGAAUGUUGACAAGGCCCAGGGAGACGCCAGUAAAGUCGUUGCGAAAGGCCCAGGCUUGGAAGUUGCUGGGAACAUCGCCAAUAAGCCCACCUACUUUGACAUCUACACGGCCGGAGCUGGAGUGGGUGACAUUGCUGUUGAGGUAGAAGAUCCCCAAGGCAAGAACACUGUGGAGGUGCUCAUGGAAGACAAAGGCAACCAGGUGUACCGAUGCGUGUAUAAACCCAUGCAGCCUGGCCCCCACGUGAUCAACGUCUCCUUUGCUGGGGACAACAUUCCCAAGAGUCCCUUCAUUGUGCAGGUUGGAGAAGCUUGCAGUCCAAAUGCCUGUCGGGCCAGUGGCCGAGGCCUGCAGCCCAAAGGUGUUCGGAUCCGGGAGACUGCAGACUUCAAAGUGGACACCAAAGCUGCUGGAAGUGGGGAGAUCAGCGUCACUGUGAAGGGUCCUAAGGGCCUGGAAGAGCUGGUGAAGCAGAAAGGCUUUCUGGAUGGAAUCUACGCAUUUGAGUAUUACCCAAGUACCCCAGGCAAAUACAGUGUUGCGGUCACAUGGGGGGGACACCACAUUCCCAAGAGCCCCUUUGAAGUUCAAGUUGGCCCUGAAGCAGGCAUGCAGAAAGUCCGCGCUUGGGGACCUGGUCUUCAUGGUGGGGUUGUUGGACGGUCGGCAGACUUUGUGGUAGAGUCCAUUGGCUCUGAAGUGGGGUCUCUAGGUUUUGCCAUUGAAGGCCCUUCCCAGGCAAAGAUUGAGUAUGAUGACCAGAAUGAUGGAUCAUGUGAUGUCAAGUACUGGCCCAGGGAGCCGGGAGAAUACGCUGUUCACAUCAUGUGUGAUGAUGAAGACAUUAAGGACAGCCCAUUUAUGGCCUUCAUCCACCCUGCCUCAGGAGACUACAACCCAGAUCUGGUUCAAGCAUAUGGGCCAGGUUUGGAGAAGACUGGGUGCAUCGUCAAUAACCUAGCCGAGUUCACUGUGGAUCCUAAGGAUGCUGGGAAAGCUCCCUUAAAGAUAUUUGCUCAGGAUGGGGAAGGCCAGCCUAUCGACAUCCAGAUGAAGAGCCGGAUGGAUGGCACAUAUGUCUGCUCAUACAUGCCGGUGAAGCCCAUUAAGCAUACCAUUGCUGUGGUCUGGGGAGGAGUGAACAUCCCACACAGCCCCUACAGGGUCAACAUUGGGCAAGGUAGCCAUCCCCAAAAGGUCAAAGUAUUUGGACCAGGUGUGGAGAGAAGUGGUCUGAAGGCAAAUGAGCCCACUCACUUCACAGUGGACUGCACAGAAGCUGGGGAAGGUGAUGUCAGUGUUGGCAUUAAGUGUGAUGCCCGGGUGUUAAGUGAAGAUGAGGAAGACGUGGAUUUUGACAUUAUUCACAAUGCCAAUGACACGUUUACUGUCAAAUAUGUGCCUCCUGCUGCUGGGCGAUACACCAUCAAAGUUCUGUUUGCCUCACAGGAAAUCCCCGCCAGUCCUUUCAGAGUCAAAGUCGACCCUUCCCACGAUGCCAGCAAAGUGAAGGCUGAAGGCCCAGGGCUCAGCAAAGCAGGUGUGGAAAACGGGAAGCCCACCCACUUCACUGUCUACACCAAGGGUGCUGGGAAAGCCCCACUCAACGUGCAGUUCAGUAGCCCCAUUCCUGGUGAUGCAGUGAAGGACUUGGAUAUCAUUGAUAAUUACGACUACUCCCACACCAUUAAAUACACACCCACCCAGCAGGGCAAUAUGCAGGUUCUGGUGACUUAUGGUGGGGACCCCAUUCCUAAAAGUCCUUUCACUGUGGGUGUUGCUGCCCCACUGGACCUGAGCAAGAUAAAAAUCAAUGGCCUGGAAAACAGGGUCGAGGUGGGGAAGGAUCAGGAAUUUGCUGUGGACACCAAAGGGGCAGGAGGCCAGGGGAAGCUGGAUGUAACCAUUCUGAGCCCGUCUCGGAAGGUCGUGCCAUGCCUCGUGGCUCCCGUCGCGGGCCGGGAGAGCAGCACUGCCAAGUUCAUCCCCCGGGAGGAGGGGCUGUAUGCUGUGGACGUGACCUACGAUGGACAUCCCAUUCCCGGGAGCCCUUACACUGUGGAGGCUUCGCUGCCACCAGAUCCCACCAAGGUGAAGGCUCAUGGUCCUGGACUUGAAGGUGGUCUUGUGGGCAAGCCUGCUGAGUUCACCAUCGAUACCAAAGGAGCUGGAACUGGAGGUUUGGGUCUAACUGUGGAAGGUCCAUGUGAGGCCAAGAUUGAAUGCUCUGACAAUGGCGAUGGGACCUGCUCUGUCUCUUACCUUCCCACAAAGCCCGGGGAAUACUUUGUCAACAUUCUGUUUGAAGAAGUCCACAUCCCGGGGUCCCCUUUCAAAGCCGACAUUGAGAUGCCAUUUGACCCCUCCAAGGUGGUAGCAUCAGGACCAGGUCUUGAGCAUGGGAAAGUGGGUGAAGCUGGGCUCCUUAAUGUCGACUGUUCAGAAGCAGGGCCUGGGGCCCUGGGCCUGGAAGCUGUCUCAGACACAGGAGCAAAAGCUGAAGUCUGUAUUCAGAACAACAAAGAUGGCACCUAUGCAGUCACAUACGUGCCACUGACAGCCGGCAUGUACACCCUCACCAUGAAGUAUGGCGGUGAGCUUGUGCCACACUUCCCUGCCCGGGUCAAGGUGGAGCCUGCUGUGGACACUAGCAAGGUCAAAGUCUUUGGGCCAGGAAUAGAAGGAAAAGAUGUAUUUCGGGAAGCUACCACCGACUUCACAGUGGACUCUAGACCCCUGACCCAGGUAGGAGGUGACCAUAUCAAGGCCCACAUCGCCAACCCCUCUGGGGCCUCCACUGAAUGCUUUGUCGCUGACAAUGCUGAUGGCACCUACCAGGUGGAGUACACACCCUUUGAGAAAGGUCUCCAUGUAGUGGAGGUGACAUAUGAUGAUGUGCCUGUCCCAAACAGUCCCUUCAAAGUGGCUGUAACUGAAGGCUGCCAGCCAUCUCGGGUCCAAGCCCAUGGUCCUGGAUUGAAAGAAGCCUUUACCAACAAACCCAACAUCUUCACUGUGGUUACCAGAGGGGCUGGGAUUGGCGGGCUUGGCAUCACUGUGGAAGGACCAUCAGAGUCGAAGAUAAACUGCAGAGACAACAAAGAUGGCAGCUGCAGUGCUGAAUAUAUCCCCUUUGCUCCAGGGGAUUACGAUGUUAAUAUCACUUACGGAGGAUCCCACAUCCCUGGCAGUCCCUUCAGGGUUCCUGUGAAAGAUGUCGUGGACCCUAGCAAGGUCAAAAUCGCUGGCCCAGGGCUGGGCGCUGGCGUCCGAGCCUGUGUCCCUCAGUCCUUCACAGUGGAUAGUAGCAAGGCUGGCCUGGCCCCACUGGAAGUGAGGGUCCUGGGCCCACGAGCUGAUGAGAUGGAAUCCCAGUCAUGGUACAGCCCCUCGAAAGCCAUGGCAGAGUUCUUUAAAGAUGACCCAAGGGGUGACUUUAUGGAGACAGGCCUGGUGGAGCCAGUGAAUGUGGUGGACAAUGGCGAUGGCACACACACCGUGACUUACACCCCAUCUCAGGAGGGGCCUUACAUGAUCUCUGUUAAAUAUGCUGAUGAAGAGAUCCCUCGGAGCCCCUUUAAGGUCAAGGUCCUGCCCACAUAUGAUGCCAGCAAGGUGACUGCCAGUGGCCCUGGCCUCAGUUCCUAUGGGGUGCCUGCCAGCUUGCCUGUGGAGUUUGCAAUUGAUGCCAAAGACGCUGGGGAAGGCUUGCUUGCUGUCCAGAUAACGGACCAAGAGGGAAAACCCAAAAGAGCCAUGGUCCACGACAAUAAAGAUGGCACAUAUGCAGUCACUUACAUCCCUGACAAGACUGGGCGCUACAUGAUUGGGGUCACUUAUGGCGGAGACAACAUCCCAUUUUCCCCUUACCGCAUCCGGGCCACACAGACAGGCGAUGCCAGCAAGUGCUUGGCCACAGGUCCUGGCAUCGCCCCUAUUGUAAAAACUGGUGAAGAAGUGGGCUUUGUGGUAGACGCCAAGACUGCUGGGAAGGGGAAAGUGACCUGCACGAUUCUGACCCCAGACGGGACCGAGGCUGAGGCUGAUGUCAUCGAAAAUGAGGAUGGCACCUAUGACAUUUUCUAUACAGCUGCCAAGCCAGGCACGUAUGUGAUCUAUGUGCGCUUCGGAGGCGUGGAUAUUCCCAACAGCCCCUUUACUGUCAUGGCCACCGAUGGGGAAGUGACAGCCAUGGAGGAGGCACCGGUAAAUGCAUGUUCCCCUGGAUUCAAGCCCUGGGUGACUGAGGAGGCCUAUGUCCCAGUGAGUGACAUGAACGGGCUGGGAUUUAAGCCUUUCGACUUGGUCAUUCCCUUUGCUGUCAGGAAAGGAGAAAUCACAGGAGAGGUCCACAUGCCUUCUGGGAAGACAGCCACACCUGAGAUUGUGGACAACAAGGACGGGACGGUCACCGUCAGAUAUGCCCCCACCGAGGUGGGGCUCCACGAGAUGCACAUCAAGUACAUGGGCAGCCAUAUCCCUGAGAGCCCCCUGCAGUUCUACGUGAACUACCCCAACAGUGGCAGCGUUUCUGCAUAUGGUCCAGGCCUGGUGUAUGGAGUGGCCAACAAAACCGCCACCUUCACCAUCGUCACUGAGGAUGCAGGAGAAGGUGGUCUGGACCUGGCUAUCGAAGGGCCUUCCAAGGCUGAGAUCAGCUGCAUUGACAACAAAGACGGGACAUGCACUGUGACCUAUUUGCCCACGCUGCCGGGCGACUAUAGCAUUCUGGUCAAGUACAAUGACAAGCACAUUCCUGGCAGCCCCUUCACAGCCAAGAUCACAGAUGACAGCAGACGCUGCUCCCAGGUGAAGCUGGGCUCCGCCGCUGACUUCCUGCUGGACAUCAGCGAGACAGACCUCAGCACACUGACUGCCAGCAUCAAGGCCCCAUCGGGGCGGGAUGAGCCCUGCCUGCUGAAGCGGUUACCCAACAACCACAUUGGCAUCUCCUUCAUCCCCCGGGAGGUGGGUGAACACUUGGUCAGCAUCAAGAAGAAUGGCAACCAUGUGGCCAACAGUCCCGUGUCUAUUAUGGUGGUUCAGUCUGAGAUUGGUGAUGCACGCCGAGCCAAAGUCUAUGGCCGAGGCCUGUCUGAAGGCCGCACUUUUGAAAUGUCUGACUUCAUCGUGGACACGAGGGAUGCAGGUUAUGGUGGCAUCUCCUUGGCAGUGGAAGGCCCCAGCAAGGUGGACAUCCAGACAGAGGACCUGGAGGACGGCACCUGCAAGGUCUCCUACUUCCCCACUGUGCCGGGGGUUUACAUUGUCUCCACCAAAUUCGCCGAUGAGCACGUGCCUGGGAGCCCCUUUACUGUGAAGAUUAGUGGGGAGGGAAGAGUCAAGGAGAGCAUCACACGGACCAGCCGGGCCCCAUCUAUGGCCACGGUUGGGAGCAUCUGCGAUCUGAAUCUGAAAAUCCCAGAAAUCAACAGCAGUGACAUGUCUGCCCACGUCACCAGCCCUUCUGGCCGUGUGACUGAGGCAGAGAUUGUGCCCGUGGGGAAGAACUCACACUGUGUCCGAUUCGUGCCCCAGGAGAUGGGCGUUCACACAGUCAGCGUCAAGUACCGUGGGCAGCACGUGACAGGCAGCCCCUUUCAGUUCACUGUGGGGCCCCUUGGUGAAGGAGGUGCCCACAAGGUACGCGCAGGAGGCCCUGGCCUGGAGAGAGGAGAAGCAGGAGUCCCUGCUGAGUUCAGCAUCUGGACCAGGGAAGCAGGCGCUGGGGGCCUCUCCAUUGCUGUUGAGGGUCCCAGUAAGGCCGAGAUUACAUUUGAUGACCAUAAAAACGGGUCAUGCGGUGUGUCUUAUAUUGCCCAAGAACCUGGUAACUACGAGGUGUCUAUCAAGUUCAACGAUGAGCACAUCCCUGAAAGCCCCUACCUGGUGCCCAUCAUUGCCCCCUCUGAUGAUGCCCGACGCCUCACUGUUAUGAGCCUUCAGGAAUCAGGAUUAAAAGUGAACCAGCCAGCAUCCUUUGCUAUAAGGUUGAAUGGCGCAAAAGGCAAGAUUGAUGCAAAGGUGCAUAGCCCCUCGGGAGCUGUGGAAGAAUGCCACGUGUCCGAGCUGGAGCCAGAUAAGUAUGCCGUGCGCUUCAUCCCCCACGAGAACGGCGUCCACACCAUUGAUGUCAAGUUCAAUGGGAGCCACGUGGUCGGAAGCCCCUUCAAAGUGCGCGUCGGGGAGCCCGGACAAGCAGGGAAUCCUGCCCUGGUGUCUGCCUACGGCGCAGGCCUCGAGGGGGGCACCACAGGCAUCCAAUCUGAAUUCUUCAUCAACACCACCCGGGCAGGCCCAGGGACCUUAUCCAUCACCAUUGAAGGCCCAUCUAAGGUCAAAAUGGAUUGCCAGGAAACCCCAGAAGGGUACAAAGUCAUGUACACACCCAUGGCCCCUGGAAACUACCUGAUCAGUGUCAAAUAUGGUGGGCCCAACCACAUCAUGGGCAGUCCCUUCAAGGCCAAAGUGACAGGCCAGCGUCUGGUCAGCCCAGGCUCAGCCAACGAGACCUCCUCCAUCCUGGUGGAAUCAGUGACCAGAUCCUCAACAGAGACCUGCUAUAGUGCCAUCCCCAAGUCCUCCUCGGACGCCAGCAAGGUGACCUCCAAGGGGGCAGGGCUGUCCAAGGCCUUUGUGGGCCAGAAGAGUUCCUUCCUGGUGGACUGCAGCAAAGCUGGUUCCAACAUGCUGCUGAUCGGGGUCCACGGGCCCACCACCCCCUGCGAAGAGGUCUCCAUGAAACACGUAGGCAACCAGCAGUACAACGUCACAUACGUCGUCAAGGAGAGGGGGGAUUAUGUCCUGGCUGUGAAGUGGGGGGAGGAGCACAUCCCCGGCAGCCCCUUUCAUGUCACCGUGCCUUAAACCGGUUCGCAUGGAAUCCUAGGGGGGGCAUCCUUCUUGUGGUGGCAUUUGUGGCUUGUUUGUAAAUUCAUUUUUAUAUAAUGUCCUCGGCCUCUUGGUGGCUCUGAAAUCCCAUCCCCCAACAUUGCCCAUUCGAGGUGCUUUCAGAAGUUCGCUCUAGACUUGCCUCUUGAGGGCUGCCUUGGAAAGUUGCAAGAAAUUCAAACCCCUCCAAAUGGACCCUUGGCACAUUCACUGCAGACAGACAAGAAUACCAGCAGGACCGACUUCAAAAAUGGAGCUGGGGGGCUUGGGAUAUAGCCUAGUGGCAAGAGUGCCUGCCUCGGUAUAC